AGAGUGGGAUGGGAUGAGAGAGAGAGAGAGAGACGGUAUAAAAAAGAAAAAAUAUAAACGAGAGCGAGCGAGUGAAUGAACGACAUAAAUAAUUUUUAUAUGCAAAAACAAUAUCGAAAACUCUCAUUCACUUUCUCUCUCUAAAAAGAAAGAAGGGGAAAACCCUAACUUUCUCUCUCCUAAACUUUUCCGAUCGCUCUCUCUCAUCGAUUCGUGUGGUUCUGGGCCUUCAAUGGUGUGAAAUUAGGGCUAGAGCUGCGAGAUUGUCAAGGAUCUAAAGCAAGAAAUAGGAAAGCGCGCAACAAUGGCGUCGGCGGACAAGGAGCUCGAAGCCCAGCUUACGGAAGCUGGGAAUCAGCUCUUGGAACCUCCGUCUUCCGUCGAAGACCUCCUUCCUCUUCUCGACAGUGUCGAGAGUUGUCUAUCAAAGGUAGAGCAAUCACCUACCAAGUCAAUGCAAACUGCACUUUCUCCGUCACAGAAAGCAUUGGUUGCUGAACAGCUUUUAAGGCAUUCAGAUCCUGAUGUCAAAGUUGCUGUUGCAUCUUGCAUCAGUGAGAUAACAAGAAUAACUGCACCUGAUGCACCGUAUGAUGAUGACCAAAUGAAGGAGGUCUUUCAGCUUAUCGUAUCUUCAUUUGAGAAUCUAUAUGACAAGUCCAGCCGAUCAUAUGCAAAGAGGACUUCGAUUCUUGAAACUGUUGCCAAGGUCCGGUCAUGUGUGGUGAUGUUGGAUCUUGAAUGUGAUGCAUUGAUUCUUGAAAUGUUCCAGCAUUUCCUUAAGUCAAUAAGGGACUAUCACCCAGAAAAUGUUUUCUCAUCCAUGGAGACGAUUAUGACUCUUGUUUUAGAAGAAAGUGAGGAUAUUUCUCUUGAGCUAAUAUCUCCCUUAUUAGAUAGUGUGAAAAAUGACAAUGAGGAUAUAUUACCAAUUGCAAGGAAGUUGGGGGAGAGAGUACUUGAAAGCUGUGCUACUAAACUUAAGCCUUACAUGAUAGAGCAAGUCAAAUGCUUGGGCAUUGCUUUAGAUGAUUAUAGUAAAGUUGUAGCCUCGAUAUGCCAAGAGGCAGCUGGUGAUGAUGAGCCGAACGAAGGUUUUGAUGCUGAUGAAAAUGUGGCUGCUGAGGACAAGUCAGCAAUUAGGGAAUCUUCUGAUGAGGCUGCCCAGGUGGAUAAAGGGAAGGCUGAAGCAGCAGUUUCUCCUGACCAAGUUGAUCCUGCUAUUGACAAAUCCUCGCAGUUAGUUAUGAACAAUGGUAAUACAGAGACUGGAGAAGAUGACUCUUUUGCUGAGUCAAAUGCCUUAAAGAAGCAGGAGGAGGGUGACGAUACUGAGGAUCAGAAAGAUCCAAAUGCAUCAAGUAAUGCUGAACCUGAUAGUUUGGAGACUCAGAAAGCUGUUGAUGCAGAACAAAUUCCAGAACAAGCUAUGAAGGAAAAGGCAGGGGAUUAUAAUUUGUCAACAAAUUCAACAGAACCUUCAGAAAAUCGAGAAGUUGAUAAUGAGGAAGAUACUGAGACACAACCUGACCAUAAAAGUGUCACAGAAGAUGUUCCGAGUUCACCUCACGAGGCUCCUUCUGAGGAGGCAGCUGUGCCAUCAGAAAAGGAGAAAGGAUCUGAUGUUAACCUCUCUUCAAAGGCAUUGGAGAAGGAAUCUGCUGUUGUUGCUUCUCGGUCCGCAAGUGAGAGCCUUCCUGAUGAAAGUCGUUCCAAAAAGGCUGGACGGAACAAGAAGAAAGAUAGUUCCAAUAAAGGGACUGCAGCAUUUGCAGAUGAUGAACCCAUUAAGGCAACUGAUGGGACAAGUGAUUCAGAAUUAAAACCAAGUAGACGCACGGGGAAAAGGGGGUCUGGUGGUAUUUCUAAUGAGAAUAAAAAUCCAAUUGUUGUGGAUGCAUCUAGAAAGGAAAGUGGCACCACAAGUGAUUCAGAGGCAAACCAGAAAUCAGCUAAGAAGGUAGAUGGAAGCACUAAAACAGAUGAUGGUUCCUCUAUAAAGCAACCAGAAGAUAAGAAAAGGCGUGGUCGUGGAAAAGUUACUUCUGGAAAGGAUGCAACAAAAUCUUCAUCUAAAGAUGAUGACAAAGAGAUGAUGUCAACACCUAAGACGGCCACAAAAUCAACCAAGGAUGAACCUCCCCUGGAGGAGACUCCUAAGACAAAUUCAAAGAGGAAGCGUGCUUCAGGAAAAGAGAAGGGAUCUGGUGCCAAAGAUUUUGGUGAGGAUGUGGUUGGUUCAAAGAUUCAAGUUUGGUGGCCAAAAGAUCGUAGGUAUUAUAAAGGUGUUGUUGAUUCUUUUGAUCCUGCUAAAAAGAAGCAUAAGGUAUUGUAUAUUGAUGGUGAUCAAGAAGUACUAAAUCUUAAAAAAGAGAAGUGGGAGUAUAUAGAAGGUGAUUUUGGCUCAGACGAGGAGCAAGAAACUGAUCAAUCAAGUCAUGAUGCCUCAUCUGAAGUGCCUCUGAAGAGGAAAGUGAAAAUAAAUGCUGAAGAGGCAACUAAGGCAGAAAAGAUGGAUAUCUCACCCAAAUUGGGUGGAGCUUCCUCUGGCAGAUCAAAAGGUGGAGCUACUAAAUUUGGUCGUAAAUCGAGAGAAGGCAGUAAAGCUGAUAGCAAAUCCAAAGGUACUGUUGGAAAAUCAGAUGAUGAGCAUAUUGGAAAAUUGAAGGAUCACACCCUAAAAAGUAGUGGUAAAUCAGUUGAUGUUGUUCAGAAGACAUCCAGCAAAUCGAAGAACAAUGAUAGCCAGACACCUAAAAGUACCAAAUCCAAGGAAGAUGACAGCAGCACACAUAGGGCUUCCACCAAAUCGAAGCAAGACACACAGAAGGCUGGGAAGUCAAAUCAGGGCACACCAAAGACUGCCUCCAUUUCCAAGGGUAAAUCCUCUGCAAGUGGUGGCAAAGCAAAUGCCAACGGGGUGGGCAGGGUGAAAUCUGGUUCGAAGGCGAAAGACAGUGAGGACAUCAAGGAAAGCUCCAGCGAUUCUGAGAAAGCAACAGAAAGUACAAAGAGGAAGUCGCCAACUUUAUCCAAGGCACAGGGAAGUGAGACCAAGUCUGGUAAGAAACGACGGAGGGGAACCAAGAGUUAAUCAUCAUCUAUCUAGUCUCUCUUGUGACCGUGCAUUAGUUUAUAUCUUAAUUGUCAUCGUCGUCGGCAUGAUUCCCAGAUUUGUGGCUAGAAUUGUUUGAUAGCCUAGCGUAUGUUGGUUGUAGGGGUAACCUUAGUUUUCUUUGAUGUAUCUAUGUUCUAGAUGGAAUUAAUUGUUGUUUAUUUUGGAGGCAACAGUAGAGAACCACUUUCGGGGGUUUAGGUUUGUUGGAGAAGAUGUUUUUAAUAGAUAAUGUCAUAGAUUAUUAACGAACUUGCUGCCAGAUCCAUCGUAUAAUUUAAUAUUAUUUCAAACUCU